CAUAGUAAAAGAAAAUAAUAAAAACUGAGUUGAAAUCUGCUAAAAUUGAAAUAUGGAGUGAAAAUUAAACAACACAAGCGUUAUUUGAGGGUUUGCAUUUUAGUUAACUGACGUUGGUUGUAAUUGUGCCGCGAUUCUCAACAAAUCCCACGCAAUAAUAUAUUCUUUUUGAGAUGUGUGUUCAUCAUUAUAUUUAAUCGUGUUUUUUUAAUUCCCACGCGUAUACUGUGAUUUUUAAGAAAUGUUAUAAAUGAAUUUAGAUAAUGUCUGACUACGAUCUUCAGUUUCAAGCGGAUUUAGAAAAGGCGCAGGCUUUGAGUUUAGAAAGUCUCGCGCUAGAACAAUUUCGAAGGCAGAAGCUUCUUUCUAGCACAGAUAAUGGACGGGAGUUGGGCACUGUCAAUUAUCGUCGCAGAGAGGACGAGGGGCCCCCGCCAGCGCUGCCGCCACCUCCGCGGAAACCACCUCGUGGACGAUCCAAUUCCGAAACUCCAAGGUCAUCUGAGGCGAGUCCCACCAGGGACGAGAGCAGUGACCUGAUCUCGUUUGCAAGUCCAACCAGCAAGGCAGCACCGCAAGAUCCACAUGCGUCACUCAAAGAAUACAUAGACCAGAUCAACAAACUAGGUCAAAAAACUGAAGACUUGACAGAACAAUCGCCUGUAAUCAUGAAUAAUCAUCCGUACAACCAAAGGCCCGGUUAUCCUUACGCGCCGCAAUACAACUACAACUAUCCCCCUUACAACGUGAUGCCUCCAUACCCGUCUUCCGCGCCCUACGGCAUGCCAUCACCCAUGCCGAAUUAUUCGUAUUACACGCCGCCCAUAGCUGCACCACCGGAGACGCCGCCCGCAUACGUGCCAGGGAACCCGGCGAUGUAUUCCGUUCCAUACAGCCAAACGCGGAUGUCGGCUCCCGUCACUCCCAACUAUGGAUAUCCACCGGCGUACAAUUACAACACGACGAACAUGAUAUCUCGUCCGCCGAGGCCUAUUUCGAACUUGUACCCGCAGCUGAGUCAGGCCCACGCUUACCCGCCGAACUCGAACCAGCCGCAAAACAAAAGCAACGACACCACACAGACGAUCGUUAAAACGGAACCGUCAAGGGACAGCAUCGACAGUAAUAGCUCGAGGAAAUCGUCUGAAGUUAGCAUAGGGUCCAACGAAUCAAACGACACAGUAGGAAGUCUCCCUAAAUCAAUGAACCUGAUCGACUUUGGUGGUCGGAACCCGAACGGCAGUCAAGGUAGCGUAAGAGUCAGUGUGCUAGAAGCGUUUGAUCCGCUACUAACUGAACAAAGUAAUCCUGAAUAUGCGGUGGGCAGCGAAUGUUCGAGUAGCGUCUACGAAGAGUACGACCCGCUGGAUUUCCUGUACGGGGAGACGGAGAUGCGUGAGACGCCCGUAUACGGUACCGUCGGCAAGCGCGAGCCUGCCGUCAUGCCGUCGCCGCCGCCAAAGGCAAUGCCCUCCGUGCCCGCCGUCGCGCUCAGAUCCACCACGAACAAACUUUACGAUAGCAUAGUUAAGAUCAGAACAAGAAAUUACGACAGCGAACACAAAGCGUUUCUUAAAAUGGCUCUUGACGUUCGAAAAAAGUUCGUGUACACUGAUGAGAGGACGAACCCAGGGCACGUCAUAGCAGCCAGGUCCGGCGGCAAGUACCCGCCCAACACGAGCAUCAAGAUACUAGUUCAUCACGCUCACUCCGAUGAACCCAUCACUUUCACGUCCGACGUGGAAUCUAAAGUGGAACACGUGAUAUUAACAGUAGUCUGUUCACUGGAUGAAGACAUCAGGGAGGACAUGUCAGGAUAUAUGUUAAGGGUGCGGGGAGCCAAAGAGUAUCUGACGCCCGGCAGCUCGCUGAGCGAAUACGAUUACAUACGCGAGUGCGUGCGCUUGGAGAAGGACGUGACGCUGUGUCUGCACGAAGGGAGGGACAGCACGCUGGCCAGGACCGAGAGGGACGACGCGAAGGACUCGCACCUCACGCUCGACGACCUGUUCCCGGCGCAGGGAGCCACGCCGAUGCUAUCGUUCGAUAAUUUAUCGAUAUUGCUCGAAACUUUAGAAGGCGAGCUGUCGCGUGCUAUCGGUGUGACCAGCGCUGAGGGCAGCUGCUCCCCGAAGGCGGUGUUCCAAGCCGUCAAGGCUAUCUGCGCUCUGGCGGGCGGCGUGGAGACCCUGCACGUCACUCACACGCUCAACGCGUUCGCGCAGGCCUGCACCGCGCAGGGAGCGAACAACGUGGUCCGUCCGGAGAUAGAGCGCGAGCAGGGCGCGUACUGCUCGGUGUCGCUGGCGGCGGGCUCGCGGCGCGACUGCGUGUCGCUGCAGGGCGGGCGCGUGCGCGACGCCGUGCGGGCGCUGCUCGCGCUCUACACGCGCACGCGCCUGCUCGACUUCCGCCUCGCCGACGCGCACUACCAGGCGCCCGCCAACCCCGCCAAAGCAGUACCGGCGCACACAAUAUCAGAAACGACACUGUUUUGUAUAGAGGCGGUGCACUGUUUGCCUCUGUGCUGGAGCCACGACGAGUACAUGUUCCAUGCGCAAAUCUACCACGGAACAAGACCUUUGAAAACGUUACGGUUCACACAAGCUUCGAAGAUUGAAUGCGGCGGGUUUUAUCCUCGAAUCAUAUUUGAUACUUGGCUGAACCUCGAAGAUUUACCAGUAAACACGUUACCAAGAGAAUCUCGUCUCGUUCUGACGCUGCACGGCAGGACCCAGCGCACAGUGGACAGUCAGCAUCCGAACGAGAACAGCCCGCCCAGCAGCCAGGAGGCCGAGGACAGCGGCGACGUGCAGUACGAGCAGGUCGAGCUGGGCUGGGCCGCCCUGCAACUCUUCGACUUUGAUGGGAUGCUAUCGUCCGGUAAUUACGUUUUACCAUUGUGGCCGACUAGUUGCGACCGGCGGACCGGCCCGGCACCUCAUCCUAUGCACACACCUACAACACCAUAUCCCGUUGUCAAUAUUGAAAUUCCUUUAUACGCACACACCGGGGUCAAGUGGACCAGCGGAGAAGAAGACAAACAGAAGAAUAUAUCUCUGAAGGAUCUACCGUCGUUCGACAGUUUGGACGGACACACACAGUCUCAACUGCUACACCUCAUCGAGCAGGGCGCUUAUCAGAGGAUGCCUACAGAAUGUAGAGAGGUCAUGUGGGAGAAACGGCAGUACCUGGUACAGAUCCCAGGCGCUUUGCCUCUGGUGUUGCUAGCUGCUACGAAUUGGUACGGAGACCAUAGAGAACAAUUGAUAGGUCUACUCCGACUGUGGGAGAAACCUUCACCUUUAAACGCUAUGCAUUUGCUGUUGCCUUGUUUUCCGGACGUCGCCGUAAGAGAAACAGCAGCCAAGCUGUUGAACGAGAUGUCUGACGACGACCUGUGCCGCGUGUUGCCGCAGCUCACGCAGGCGCUGCGACACGAGACGUACGAACCCAGUCCUUUAGCCGAGCUACUGCUUUCGCGAGCGCUAGCGGCUCCGGCUGUUGCUCACAGACUGUUUUGGCUUUUAGUGCAUUCCCUGCCUAAUAUACCACAGGCGCCACAUCAAGAGUUCCUCGGGAUAAAUUUAGAAGAUAAUGCUUCUGAAAACGCCGAAACUGAUGCAUCGAUGAGCGCCUCGUGGCGCUACACGCUGAUGCUGCGCGCCUUACUCGUUAUAUGCGGAGAAAAUCUCAACAAGACGCUGCUUCGACAACAGUUACUCGUCAAGAGUCUGUGCGAGAUGGCGGUGUCGGUGAAGUGCGCGAAGGAGUGCGCCCGCGGACGCGCGCUGUGUGCGGGCGGCACGGCGCUGGCGGGCGCGCUGCGUGCCCAGCCCACCGCGCUGCCCCUCGCGCUCCAUAAAUACGUACACGAUCUCGACGUCAAAUCAUGUACCUACUUCUCAUCAAACACACUUCCGCUGAAAAUAAAUUUUAUUGGAACAGAUAAUGCAGUAAUUCCAGCUAUGUUCAAGGUUGGAGAUGAUUUACGACAAGAUGCUCUAGUGUUGCAAGUGAUAAAAAUAAUGGAUACACUAUGGUUGAAAGCUGGCCUAGAUCUGAGGAUGGUUACUUUCCAAGCUCUGCCCACAAGUAAUAGUAAAGGUAUGAUAGAAAUAGUGACAGAAGCUGAGACGCUGCGCGCCAUACAAACUGAGUGGGGUCUGACCGGCUCAUUCAAGGACAAGCCCAUAGCCGAGUGGCUCGCCAAACACAAUCCCUCCGAACUCGAAUACCAACGCGCCAGAGACAAUUUCACAGCUUCGUGCGCCGGGUACAGCGUGGCGACGUACCUGCUGGGGAUCUGCGACCGGCACAACGACAACAUCAUGCUGAAGACCUCCGGCCACCUGUUCCACAUCGACUUCGGGAAGUUCCUGGGAGACGCGCAAAUGUUCGGCAACUUCAAGAGAGACCGUGCCCCGUUCGUGUUGACGCACGACAUGGUGUACGUUAUCAACGGCGGCGAGCGCCCGACGCAGCGCUUCCAGCACUUCGUAGAGCUGUGCUGCAUGGCCUUCAACAUAGUGAGGGCGCAUCACGACCACAUCCUCGACCUCUUCGCUUUGAUGUCGCUGUCGGGCGUGCCGGGCGUCACCAGCGCCGCCGUGAGCUACGUGCGCGCCGCGCUGCUGCCCGCCGCCAGCAAGGCCGAGGCCGCCGCCGCCUUCGCCAGGCUCAUACACUCCUCGCUCAAGAGCAAAUUUACCCCGAUCAAUUUCUUCCUGCACAACUUGGCUCAGUUGCGCGCGAGUGGCGACCAAAGCAGCAACACUUCGGAACUGUUGUCAUUCAUGCCGCGAACGUACAGCAUGACCCAAGAAGGGCGGCUGGUGAGCGUGGAGUGCCUGGGCUACGAGAAGCGCUACGACCCGGAGAAGCACUACGUGUACGCGCUGCGCAUCUACCGGCUCGGCCAGGCCACGCCCUCCGUGCUCUACCGCUCCUACAAGCACUUCACCGAGCUCUACCAGAAGAUCUGUCUGCACUUCCCGCUCGCUAAAGUGCACAGCUUACCGUCCGGUCUGCACGUUGGUCGCUCGAACACUCGCCAAGUCGCCGAACGUCGCUUCGGUGAUGUCCGGGCCUUCCUGACCUCCCUGUUCAACCUGGCUGAUGAGAUAGCCCACUCCGAUCUAGUGUACACGUUCUUCCACCCGCUGCUCAGGGAUCAACAGGACGUGGAACCUCAGAGGUUGAGAAAAGGCGAGAGCACGGAGCCGGAGAGCAGCGGGUCGGGCUCGCUGAAGGUGUCGGUGCAGUACGCGGGCGGCGUGCUCUCCGUGCUCAUCCUGCACGCGCAGUCGCUGGCGCUCACGCCGCAGGGGGCGCCGCCCAACCCCUACGUCAAGGUGUACCUCGUACCGGACCCUACGAAGGAAACGAAACGCAAGACCCGCGUUCUAAAGCGCAACUCGCACCCGUCGUUCAUGGAGAUGCUGGAGUACCGGCUACCGAUCGAAGCGGUCAAAAACCGAAGUCUCCAAGCCACAGUCUGGCACUACGAUUCGCUGCAAGAGAACCAGUUCUUGGGCGGGGUCGUCAUACCGCUGAGCUCGCUGCCCCUCAGACAGGAGACGGUGGCUUGGUACCCGCUGGAGUACAUACCCCGGUAGUUAAUACUGGCCCGCUCGGCCAUAUGGAGCACGGAUUAUUUCUGGUGAUUCUCGUGAGAAAUUAACGGUGAAUGAACAUUUUUAAUGAUAAAUUUCUAAUGAAACUCGCAAGUAUGUAACGAUAACAAAAAAAAACGUGUUUUUAUAUCAUUAUUAUUAAUCGAUAUUAUUAUAUCGAUAUCGUACGAUAUAUCGAUAUAGUGAACGUAUUAUAGUUGAAAUUGUAGCGAAAUGAAUUACAUAAUCUUUAGCAUUUUUAUAUAUAUACACUUAGAACUAUUUGCGUCUAGAUGUGUGUUGAACAGUAAUUAUAUCGUUUUUUUUUUUAAAUUAGCAUCGAUAAAUUCAAUAUAAUAAUUUUUGUGGUAGGUAUUAUAUCCAUACAUACAUAUAUUACCUAAAGCAAUAAACAAAUUUUGCUGAAAGUAUGUAAUGCAAUGGAAUAUAUAAUAUGAUUUACUGUACUAAUCAGGAUACUGAAGCAUUUUUAACAAAAUUAUUAUCGGUGCCAAAAGCUUAGUCGAUCUUAAAUAUCGACUUGAAAUUAGGGAUGUGAAUAAAAUUGUGUUUUGUAGUUGAAUGUUGUCGAAUGAGCUUUAUCAAAGACUUUCCUUGCAAAUAGUUAUUGGAUUUGACCUGAGUCUGUCAAUAAUUUCUGGGGACGUAUUUUUGUUAAAUAAUUAUAUGCAUAUCAUAUAGGAAUUUAUGUCGAAGCUUUGUAUAAUCUAUUUUUAAAUCGGCUUUUAUACUGUAAAACAUUCCAACGAGUAAUUGAUAUGUAUGAAAUUUAUUUUGCUAUAAAUUUUAAAAACUUAUUUUUGUCUACACCACUUUUUCACAAAUGCUCUAGCUCCCUUUGAGCAAAAUAACUCCAAAGCCCUAUAUGUACUUCGUAAGCAAUUUUAAUAUGAAAUAUCAUAUAUUAGAAAAUAAUAAAACUUCAUAUUUAAUUGCCUUUAUCUAAUUAAAAUAAUCAAUAAUAAUUAAUAAAAUAAUAAUAAUGAAAUGUAAAAUGAAUAAAAAUUACUGUGAUGGUUCAGAUUAGGGAUCAUAAAAAUGUCGGCUUUCGCUUUCGUUAGCACGCAAUCGCGACACUUGGAUUAUCAUCUUCUUUGUAUAUCUUAUAUGGCCCUUACUUAUAUAACCUUUAUGAACAUUAAACAAAUCAUAAUUUUUUUUAUAAAAGCAUCAAUAUUCUCACUCAUAAACACGAUUUAAUGAUUCAUUGUAUAUGUCAAGUAUUUAAGUAAUUGUACAUUUUCUAAGAUCUUCAGCACUAAAUCGCUAAGAAGAUGGCUUAUCUGGUCCACAUUUUGUCCAACUAAUGUAGAUGUCUAUGGGCUCCGGUAACCAUUUAACACCAGGUGGGCUGUGAGCUCGUCCAUCUAUGCUAUAAAAAAAACACCCCAGACGGCCCAAGCCACACUAAACGAAUAUUUGUCGUCACAUUUGUAUAGAAGUAGAAAUAGUGUGUAAUGCGUUUCGGUUUGAAGGGUGGGGCAGCUGUUGUAACUAUACUUGAGAGCUUAGAACUUAUAUGGGCUCCAGUGACCACUUAACACCAGGUGGGCUGUGAGGUCGUCCACCCAUCUAAGGAAUAAAAAAAAAGUUAAACAUUUCUAUAAUCCAAUGAACAUCACAAAUCGAAUCGAAGCUAAAAUAAUUUCUUAAAUAUGAAUUUAGAAACUCAUAUUGGUGAUGAUGUUUUAUGAAUCAUGAAAUUAUAUACUUUGUAAUUGCUGUUGUUCAAUGCCCAAAAAAUUAUACACACGCACACAGAUCAAUUACAUUUACAAAUCACAUUAUAGGUCAACAUUAAUGAAUGAUUUUUUUUUCUUCAUAAAUAUGUUUUUGUAAUUAUUCUUUUAUUAUUUGAAUUUUGAGAUCUGAAUGUAUAUAUGUAUUGGAAUAUACUUGUGAUUCGAGUAUUAUUUAUGAUUGUUUUUUUUUGUUAGCAAAUGACAUUUACCAUUAUCACUUAUAUACCUGACCGCGGGACUUUUUUUUAAAUCUUUUAUGUCCAUUAUCACUUUUUUGUAAUCUUUUGAUUGUUUUUAUUGGACUGGGAAACUAUUUUGAUCAUAUCGCUGCCUUUUUUAUUCUCCUAUCAUUUUAAUGUGUAUUAAUGGAACUGUUUGUUAUUAUUACAAAUACGAGUAAGAUUAUAAUCACGAAAUUGUACAAGAGAAAGCAAAAGCAAGACCAAAACGAAGUACUUAUAUUGACUGUUAAAGUAACCACUAUAUAUGAAUGUUGUCGUUCUGCUAAAUAUUCAUUUAUCCCAAAAUUUUAUAGGAGACAAAUUCUAAUAAGUCGAACUUUAGCUGAUUUUUAAUUAAAGUAUAAAGCCAACAAAAAAAACAUUUUUUAACCGACCUUAACACAACGAGUUGGUUUUAUAUGACUGACUUUUUAUAUAUAUUAUGUUUUGCAAUAUCUCAUUUUUGAAUGUUUAAUUUUAAAUUGAAGAAUAUAUUGUCAAGGUGGGCCUAUUGCUAAGGUUAAUGGAUCUAUUUCGCUUUGAAGUCUUGUUUUUAUUACCCUCUUAAUUUUUUAUUUUUUUCUUGUCGUCUUUGAAAAGGAAAUAUUACUAACCGGUUUUCAGGAGCGACCAAUACUCUGUUUAAUUUAUACAAUCGCGUCUUGUGAAUAAUCAAAAUUAUUGUCAUUUUCUUAUAUAUGAAUAAACUAAACUGUAUUUACUGCAUUACAAUUAAAUGUAUCGUUAAUUGCAAAAUAAAUGAUUGAUGUAUUUUCGGUUAUAUUAUUUAAUGAUGAGAAAAUGUCUCUUUCGAAAAUCAACACAAUACUGUGUGUUUUGCGAUUAACGAUACAUUUGUUCCAAACGGGCACAGUUAGUCAAUGAGGAGCUUGUUUUGACUGAAUUAUUAUUAACGUGAAAUGUGUAAAUAAAUAAUAGAUUUUGUAAUAAAUAUCUUAUAUAUAAUCUUAAAUAUAUAUUAUCGCCUCUGGGCCUAAUCGAAUCAUAAUAAAUAGUUUGGCUGUUGCGUAAUAUAAAAUAAAGCUCUGUAGUUGUG